AAUGAAAAGUCACACCUCACUGCUUUUCCUUUAGCAGACACCGUGCCUGGGAUGGUCCUGCCCUUUGAGAUGGACUUCCUGUCGGAUCAUAAGCUCAUCAGGACAGGAGAUGAGAUCCCUGUGGUCAUCACCGCUCCAGAGGAGAGACUGGGAGCUGCCGUCACCGCCAUGAACAGCAUCUACCGCAACAGCAAAGCCAAUGUAGUAUUCAAUAUAGUGACACUAAACGAGUCGGUGGUCCAUCUUAGAACAUGGUUGAGUAAGACUGACAUGAAACACAAAAUUAUCAUAUUUGAUCCGAAGAUCCUCACAGGAAAGAUUUCGAAUGAUCUUCAGAAGGUGGAGGCAGUGAAGCCGUUGAACUUUGCCAGAUUCUUCUUGCCGGUUUUCUUGCCGGAUACAGAGAAAGUUAUUUACCUGGAUGAUGACAUAAUUGUACAAGGGGACAUUCGGGAGCUUUUCGACACCAGUGUUAAGUUGGGACAUGCGGCAGCUUUCUCAGAGGACUGUGACUCUGCAUCCUCUAAAGGCAUCGUCAGAGGAGCUGGAAAUCAGAACAGCUAUAUUGGUUUUCUGGACUUCAAAAAAGAAGCGAUCAAGAAGCUUGGAAUGAGAGCGAACACUUGCUCGUUUAAUCCUGGAGUCUUUGUGGCCAAUUUAACCGAGUGGAAGCAGCAGAAUAUCACCAGCCAGCUUGAGUUCUGGAUGGAGCGCAAUGCCAAGGAGGACCUUUACAGUAAGACUUUAGCAGACAGCAUCACAACACCGCCUAUGCUUAUUGUAUUCUACAAGCACCACUCAGACAUUGAUCCAAUGUGGCACGUCCGACACCUCGGGGUGACAGGAGCUGGGAAUCGGUAUUCACCUCAGUUUGUGAAGGCUGCCAAACUUCUCCAUUGGAACGGACAUUAUAAGCCAUGGGGAAGAGCCUCCUCUUUUUCUGACAUUUGGGACAAAUGGUACAUUCCAGAUCCCACAGGUAAAUUCCACCCAAUCCGGAGACCCGCUGAGGAAAAAUAGACCCUGGUUUGGGCUACACGAAAAAAAGGGGGGGAGGGGUGGACUCUGAGGCAGAUAUUUGACUUUGUUCGGGGAUGUUUAAAGGAUGUCUGGAUGCAAAAUAUGGGGCCUUCAUGAAACCUAAGAGUACCCAAGUAACUGGGACCAACAUUGGAACAGAACAACAGUCAAUAGGCAACAUUCGACACCAAUGCACUACCUCAGCAUUCACUGUCUAAAUCAAAAGUAAUAACACUAAACCAUUUAUGGUACACCUUUUAAAAUCUUCAUUUUGUAUGUUGCAUCCAUGCAAGUGUCUAGAUUUUUUUUAACAAGAGGUAUGAUCCCAAAUACUGUUGGGUGAAAUUAUGGACCCACUCUUUUUGUUCUUAAUUUUGAAAUGUAUGUUGAAAUGUUUGAAAUGUUCAUUAUAAAGUAUUUUAGACCGCUUUAGGGCUCGAGACAAAAACCUGUGACAAUUAAAAUUUCAGAAUUUCUGUUUUUGACACUACAGGAACCACUUUCCCUUUAUGUUGUGUUCAGUGUUGUUACAUUUCUAUGGAUGCAUGUUUUUUUCUCUCCACAUAUCAGCUGUUACUCAGCAUUGUCCUCAACCCGAAGGGAAAAAUAUGCCAAUUUGUACAUAUAGGAAAAAAGUGUUCCAACAAAGUAUUGAAUAAAGCUCAGUAUAAGUUUU